AGCGUGGCUGUCUUAAGAUAAAUUGUUGCCGCUGAUAUCUGAAGGUGACAGUAUAUCAGCAACCAUGUGGUGCAAGUUCAUAUAAAGAAUAUGUUCAACCAGGUUUCAAUAUCACGUACUUUUGAAUAAGAACAGUGCAUGAAAGAUCCGAAUCUAGUCGCUUUUGUUUAGUUUUGUCGAGAGGUAUUCUCGUGUGCUGAAUUGAAAGUGGAAGAGAACACCAUUCUUCGUAUACCAAUAAGAGGUAACUCCGAAUUUGUAAUAUUAAAAGAAAUGAGUGUACAACUUAAGUCCAACAAAAAGUCUUCUUACAAAAGAAAACGAGAUGAAAGCCAAAAUGAAGAAAAUUCAGUUUUAAAAGAAUUAUCUGUAAAUAUAAAAAAAGGAUCUCCUAUGUUGACUCCCCAUGAAACCUCAGCAAUUCACUUAUCCAAAGAUGAUGAAAACCAUAUAGUUAGAACUACACCGUCUGUAGGUAUAAAAAGAAUAUCUCCUGAAAGUUUGGUUCCCCAUGAUACGUCAGCCCUGCACGUACCAAAAGAUGAUAAAAACAAUGUACUUAAUGAUACACCAUCUUUGUGUGAAAAUGAAGUUUGUGAUAAACCAUUUUAUGUUAUUAAGAAAAGUGAAUCAGAUGAUUCUGUACUUACUGAAAGUGAGGUAUUAAAUGGAACAUCAUUUACUGAAGAAGAUUCAAGCAGUAAAGAAGUUGAAGAUUCAGUAAAGAUUAAUAAAAAAUCUAAAACAGUGGUGAAACCCUCACUUUCUUUAGAAGAGAAACUUACUUACCUAAAAAAGUUAAUGGCCAUCAGUAAUGCUUAUUCUAAGUAUGUAUCCAAGAAUCUCGCAAAAGCUUCAAAUGGUGAACAGACCACUAAAAAUGUGGGGCACCUUUCUGGAUCCCAGGGCAAAUCUGGUACAAGUAUAUCUUCUGACUCCAAAACACAAAUAAAUAAUUGCAAGGAAAUGGAAUCAACAGGGAAAGGAUAUGCUGCCAAGUUCUCCCCUCCUCCUCUAUUUACGGGUACUUUGAAGGAGUACCAAAAGGAUGGUUGUGAAUGGCUUAAGAUCCUGUUUGAAAAUGCCUCAAGUGGUAUUCUAGCUGAUGAAAUGGGAUUAGGAAAAACUGUGCAAACAAUUGCCAUAAUUACCCAUUUAAUAAGUAAGAAUUUGAAGGGUCCCUUUUUGGUUGUAGCACCUCUCUCUACUUUGCCAAAUUGGAUAUCAGAAUUCAAGAGAUUUUGUCCUACGGUACCUGUAAUUCUAUUUCAUGGAAAUUCUGAUGAAAGAAAAAAGAUGAUGAAAUUAUUCAGGUUGAAGUCAUUGCAAACAGUUGGUGGAGAAGUUAAAGUGUACCCUGUUAUUGUAACUUCAUAUAAUAUAAUUCUGAUGGAACCUCGUUUUUUUGGAAGCUACAAGUGGCUAUAUCUUGUUGUUGAUGAAGGUCAUAGACUUAAAAAUAAGGACUGUAAAUUGACUAGGCUACUUACCAGCUUUAGUUCUUCAAAUAGAUUACUACUAACUGGAACACCGUUGCAGAACAAUCUAGAAGAGCUGUGGUCCCUCCUUCGUUUCCUUACCCCAGAGAUAUUUGGAAAUAUUGAAGAUUUGGAAUUAUUAAUAUCUUCAGAAGAUAUGCAGUCUGAAACAAUCGUUGAACAAGAAAUCAAGGAGGGUAUUGUCUCAAAAUUGCAUGCGGCUUUGCAACCAUUCAUUUUGAGAAGAAUGAAGAAAGAUGUUAAUCUGAUGCUUCCUCCAAAGAAGGAAAUUCUCGUUUAUGCUCCCAUGUCUCAAACUCAGUGGGAGCUUUAUAAUGCUACAUUGGAUGGCAGCAUUUUCUCUAUUUUGGGAUUGCAGGAGGAUGAAAUUCUUGAAGAAUCUUCAAAAAGAAAAAGUACUUUAAACCCCCGAUAUAUAUUGGAUGAUGUUGAGAAUGAUGAUGACUUAGAUGAUGAUGAUCUGCUCAAUGUUAUUCGUAGAACGACCAGAGUUGUGUCAGAUUCUAAAAAGAAGAAAGCACCCCCCCUUGAUAAAGAUGGAAAUCGAUGUUAUGUGAACUUAAAAAUGCAAAAUCCUCACUUUCAAUUACGAAAAAUAUGCAAUCAUCCAUAUCUGAACCCUCAAGUUGAUCUGCAAGCCCAAGAUAGAUGCCAUAGAAUUGGUCAGACAAGGCCAGUAGUGGUAUACAGAUUUGUGACCAAGGCAUCAAUUGAUGAAAAAAUUGUUCAAUAUGCACAAAAUAAGCGAAGAUUAGAGAAAUUAGUAUUGCACAAUGAUUGCUACAAAGGACUUCAUGCUCAGAAACCAGAGAAUUUUGUUAGUGUGGAACAAUUGAAAGCAUUACUUCAUUCAAGUGAUUAUUCCAAGGUAGUGAGAACUAGUGGAAAUGCUCAAGCCAAUGUUGACAUUCCCUUUGUUCCAUCAUCAGAUGUUUAG